AUGGAGCGUGUCAGUUCAUUGUCCAGACGACCUAUUGUGCAGGCGGAUUCGAUGCCUCUCAUCAUGUAUGGAAGAACUUCACUCAGUAUCCUUGCCAGCCUUGGUCUCACGAAUUUGCAGCUUCUCCAGAUUCUCUUGGCGGUUGUGUUUUUGCUGCAUGCGGCGGAUGGUGCUAUGUUGCCGGGAAUUUUCAAGGCACUGGAAGAAAAUCUGGCCAAUGCCACGCCCGUAACUUUGGGUAGCAUUGUUUUCGUCGAAGCGCUCUGCCAUAGCAUUGCAGUUCUUGUUUGGGGUGUCUUGGCAGAUCGCUACUGCAAACUCACCAUGCUGAUGUAUGCGAACCUUUCGUGGGGCAUGGUGACGUGCUUGACUUCCUUCGUCACCGGAGUGCGUGUGCUGUUUGUUGUGCGCGCAGUGGCAGGCACUGUGGGUGCAGCACUGGGACCCUUGUCGCAGGGGCUGAUUGGCGCCACAUGCCCAGCAACGGAUCGAGGACGAGCCUUCGGAUGGUUGAUUGCAUGUGGACAACUGGGCUUCAUGUUGGGAGUCUUAUUAGCUGGAGCAACAUCUCACAUGCAGGUGAUCAAGGGCUGGCGGGGCACCUUCUUAUUGAUGGGACUCAUCACGUUGGUGCUAAGUUGGAUUCUUUACAUGGCGAAGAUGGAAGUAGCGCGUGGCUUGUUUAAAGAGUCGCGCACCUGGGCACAACUCUCUGCAGCCACCAAGAAGGGCACCGCAGACGGCCUUCCUUUGAACGAUAUUUGCAAGGAUUUGAAUUUCAUGCUGACACGGCCAUCAUUUUGGGUCUUGAUUGUCCAGGGUGCCUUUGCCAGCACAACUGUCAGGGCGAUGCAGUACCAGGUGAUGUGGUACCAAUACCUUGGCUUCAGCGACCUCAGUGCUGCAAGCAUCGCCUGUUCAGCACCCUUGGGCAGCAUCUUUGGUGCUGUCUGUGGCGGCCAUGUGGCAGAUUUCAUGGCACAUCGCUUGCCAAGGCAUGGACGAAUCCUGUUUGGUCAAGCGGCUGACCUGACCAAGAUUUGGGUGCUUCUUCUGACUUUCGUCCUGACAGAGGUCCCGAGGCCAACUGACUACAAGAUCUUCCUCGACAGGCGCCAUGCGGUGAAGUAG